CUGCUAUUUAAGUUGCACUUUCGGCCGCAAUCAUCUCCUUCUUUCACAUUUCUCGUUGUACAAUAGCAAUCGUCAAACUAUCCCCGGGAUCAAUCUUAUCAUACGUCUCAGUCAUGUCAUCGCAGGAGCCAGCUCUCGAUCCUCUGGAGGAGCAAGCCAGACUAGUAAGGGAGCAUUUGAAAUCCAGGCUCGAUGCCCUGCAGCAGGAACCUGGACAGGAGAAAAAUGCGGCAUGUUUGCUAAAAGCCUUCCAAGAGGGCCGCAUGCCCAAUGGGGGCAAGCCUGUCUUUUGGGCCAUCGAUGGCAAAUUUGGCCUUACCAAGUACAGCGAGUAUGUUGAAGAACUUGCUAAGAGUCGGAAGAAGAAUCCGAAAGUUAUGUUUUUUAGAUAUUUCUAUAACGCUCAGAUGAUCCCAUGGGAUGGCAGGUGCGAAGCCAACUCCGCCACAUAAUACGCCCAAUCAACAGCUGGCCCAGUACGCGUGGUGCGACAGGGCCCCGAUGGCGAUGUAUGGGCACAAUCUCACAGUCGAGAUCAGGGCACCUCCCGAUGAGGGGGGUAACCCGGCCCUGAUCAAGAGAAGACAAGUUCUCAAUGAUACUGGUUCCAACGUACAGGCUGUAUGGGUGGAGGAUUGGGACGCCCUCAGAGUCCCUGGCAUGUUCGAUAUGCCUGGCAUGGUCACUUCCGCCACCGGUGGGGGUCCGAAACUAAAUGUGGAAUGGGAACUUCGAAUCGUGAAGCGCGUACUUGCGCAGGACGCACAAGGAAACAUGGUGGAGCACUACCAACCGCUCACACAUUGGUUUGGGGAACGCUGCAUCCUUGUCCCCCAUCCUCAGACGCUACUCUCAGGCGAGACGAUGCGCAAUUUCCUCUAUUUUGCCACUCAACCUGGAAAUGAUCGACUUCUGGUCUCCCAGAGGAAGCAAGCAAUCGUUGAUGGCCUGGACGCGAGCCUCGCCGUCGACCACCCUCGAUGAUUGGGACUUCUCAUACAUUAGGACCAACUAGAUCCUGUUCAAUAGCGGGCUAUCUCACCUCCAAUAAAUCAAGACUCGGCCUGGUGCCGUACAAA